AGAGAGCACAUAAUGGGUGUCAGAGGACUGACCAGUUUUGUGUAUGACAAUAGACACCUUUUACAAGAUGUUUCCUUCAAGAACAGCAAACUGGUAAUCGAUGGCAAUAAUCUGUACUACACCCUUUAUUUUGCUGAACAUCUGGACCAGAGUCACGGGGGAGACUAUGAUUCUUUCGAGGGUCUCAUCUGUGGGUUUAUCAAGGCUCUGAGAGAAAAUGGGAUUGAACCCUAUGUUGUUGUUGAUGGUGGGUCUGACUACACAGACAAGAAGUUUGAGACUCUGAAACAACGAGCUGAAGAAAAGAUUCACACAGCUCACGACGUGUCAGUGGGACGCAGAGGUAAUGUCUUGCCACCCAUCACUAAGCGUGUGUUCUCACAGGUCCUCACCAAAUUGAAAGUACCUUUUGCAAAGAGCAUCGCUGAAGCAGACAGAGAAAUAGCCUCACUGGCAAGAGAGUGGAACUGCCCUGUGCUCUCCAAUGACAGCGACUUCUACAUAUUCGACGUCCCAGCAGGACUUUUACCCAUCUCACAUUUCAAGUGGAAGCAAGGGGGCUUGAAGACGGGUAUUCCUGCCAAACUCUUCACUCAAGAAAGAUUCUGCUCUUGGUUCAAUAUCAACCGGUCUCUACUACCAAUUUUUGCCUCCAUUGCAGGAAACGAUUAUGUCAAUCUCGCCAGCCGGGACUUGUCCGUAAAAUGGGCUGAAUACUCGAAGCUGAGUGGGAGAUUUGCCAAUCUUGACGGCUUGCUCAACUGGUUAGGCAGUUUAAAAAAUGAGAAGAAUGCCUUGAACGCUGUGCUCAAGUUAAUGGAUGACGGUGAUAGGGUGAAAACGAAACAAACAGAACAAGCCUUCAUGUUGAGCAUGGAAGAGUACAAACUAUCUCCUAGCUCAUUGGGGGAGUUCUUCAGGAACGGGACCCCACCUUCCAAUAUUCCAGAGCCUGUGAAGGUGUUGCCAGACUGGGCCCUCCUAUCCCUGACGCAGGGGAAGCUCCCCUCGGACAUCAUUGACGUUAUACUCUUUAGAAGGGUGGUACAGAGUUCCCAGGUAGAGGACACCAGCUUACCCAGCGUAAAAAUCACCUCAAGGCCCAUACGGCAGAUAUUGUACGGGCUGCUACUGGGUGGGAGAUCCCCUGCUUCGAUGGAGACGGGACAGUGUAUGGUUGAGGAGUAUGAUAGAGAUGGCCUGACUCUGAUUUGUCACAUGAUCAAGCCUAUCCUCAGCGGGCCUGUACAAAAGCUGCAGUUGGACACUCUGGAUAAGGCCCACCUCCCAGAUCGUCUGACGGUGAUGUUAGAGACCCUGGGAGUGACUCAGUCUCUGACUGGAAUCCCGCCUCACCUGCGUCUGCCUGUAAGCGUCACCUGCUAUUGGAUGAGACACGCAGACCCUCCCCCUGACCUGCCUCUCCUGCAGGCCCUGCUCCUGGGCAUGGUCUAUGGAGAACUCUGCAGACAGAAGAAGAACAGAGGUGGGGACACACAGGAACUGGUGCUGCAGAGGUUUGAAGGAAUAGUCCAGAGAUGUACACGGAAGCUGGACCUGGAUGUGGCCCAUGCCUACAGCCAAUGGCAGGCCUGCUUUACAGACAGCCUCAACUUGAAUCAGCUGCUAUGCUUCCCCCUAGUGGAGACAGAAUGUGCAAGGCUGUACAAGGGCACUCUUGUGCACCCCCUAGUGGAUGAACUGAGAAGAGGGGCGAGCCCAGAGUUUAUCCUGGCUGGAGGCCCCAUCGCUGGGCAGCUGUACAAGGCCCUCCUGGACACUGUGCCCCUCUCCCAGGACUGUAGAUCCAUCAUCUCCACGACAACCAAAGUUGUAGCUCAGGGCAGGACAUUGCCACGGGAACCAAUGUAUGACCUCACAGCCAAUCUGAAGAGGCUGGUGAUGCAGCUGGAGCAGGAGGAAGAGGAGGAUACCUGGAGAGAGAGGGAGAUAAAGGACACUCCUGCAGAAGACCCGGGCUGGGUCGUCUCAGUGAAAACUCGGCACAAGACCAAGUUCAGGGCCCAGAAAAUUCCAAACCCAGAAUUGUCAAAGCUCCGGGACAAGAAAGGCUGGAUCUGAGAAUACCUUUAUAUUCUAAAUCUUCAAAAUAUAGGAAUUAAUUGCUUUAGGAAUGUAAAUAAAUGUAUUGAUAGGAAAGACAUGUAUUGAUAGGAAAGAAAUAAUGGACUUCCAAAUGUUUUUGUAAAUCUCCUCAAUUUUAAAUGUUUAUUUGUGUUUGUAUGCUAUUUGAAAUGUAAUUAACAUGUUUUCACAUUAAAUGUAUUGAUUUAAAUUGUGCAAAAAAAUAAACUUUUGAUAAGUUACCCAAAUCCUAAGAAUGGACCAAUGUCUUCGAAAACAAACAGCCCUCUGUGCAUAACCACACAAUUUGUACUUUUUGAGUACAAGAAUAGAUCUGAAAUCAAGAACAGAUUGUGAAAUGAGAGAAGAAUCAGACAGCCAGACAUUUAAAAGAUUUAUAAAACUUUUUAAUAUAUCAUUAUCAUUAUAAAAAGCUAGCAUCCCAACGCAGUUUGUUUAUCCUUCCAAACAAUAGGUAGCGGGGACAGCUAUCAUAAUUGUACAAUUAAACAGAAAAACUUAAAUUUUACCCGACGUUAAGCUGAAUAGGCAUACAUUUAUAUUAUCUACUGUAAGUGUAUUCGUUUUCAUCCGAAAAAUAUGCCUGAUCAGUGACUGCUGUCCACAUGUUUGAUGCUUCCGGCCCCACAUCCAUAGCAGUACUCUGAGCGCAUGGGCAAACUUAUCCCUUACAUAAUGUUAUCAGCUGAUCUGAAACAACACUGUUUCGUUUUCGGUCCUGAAGUUGCAGAAACGAAAGACAUGCGUUACCUCUGAAAACACGCACGCACACACACACGUAGAUAUUCAUAUAUAUAGAGAGAUAUAUAUAGACUUAUAUUAGAGAGAGAGAUAUAUCCAUCCAAUAGCAUAGGUAGGCUAUUAUGGUAUUUGAUUACGCCGAAACAUGCACAUACAGUGUUCUCUCAAAAACGUUUGGGGAUUUUGUAAUAUUUUUUUAUAUUGGUUAAGCUAUAUGCUACCUGUUGUGUAUAACAAAUGUAAUUUAUGAAACUGUGAUAUUUGUCUGUCU